AUGGCUGCUGAGUUAUGCCACUUCGUGUCCAUGCUGCUUCAAAAUGCCGUGCAGUCAUACCGCCAAGACCUUGAGAAGAUUGGAUGCGUGACGGUAGCGUCGCUUUGUGCCGGGCUAGACAUGCUGCAGUACAUCGCAGACUACGCUUUGCAGGUUUGGCCAAGCUUGCACAUGUCUUCGGAGUUGCAGUUCCGCUAUUUUUGUGCCGAGCUUGAUCCUGUCAAGCGCUCCUUGCUUCUAGCACGUAAGCACCAACGGCUGCAGGUGGACCAUGUUUUUGGGGACAUUCGCAUGCUGAGGAAGCCCUGCUUCGAUUUCAAGACACGCAAGUUCGUGAAGCCUCAAGCGCCACAAAUUCUGAUAUGCGGUUUUGCCUGUCAAGAUCUCUCCACGCUGAACAACCACCCAAAGCCUUUUGAUCUCCAAGAUCCGAACCAUGGUGUCUCGGCCAGAACUUUCCACACUACCCUGCAGUUGAUACAGCAGUGGCAGCCAAGCUGGGUGAUCAUGGAGAAUGUCCCGGGCAUUUGCAAGGCAGCUUUGCGAACAGUGCUCCAGCUCAUGUUUGAAGCCGGGUACUACAGCGCCCAUGCGAAGUUGAAUGCCAUGCAGUUUCGGAAGCGCAUUCCCAGCUGCGCCCGUGGCAGGCCGGAGGCAGUUUUCCAGAAAGUUCCGGCUCUCCUCCAAGGAUAUGUCAGGCCAUCCUUGCAACAAGUCUUGGACAGCCUGCCUCCUUGGGUUCGAAGUCGCUCGCGGGGUCGGGGAGUGCGAGCUUCAAAGGGCAAGAGAUGGCUGGUGCGAUCCUGGAGAUUCGAGAAGAAGCAUGGGCUCGCAACUGAUUCCUUAGCUUCGUUGAGGGCCAGACUGUCCAACGUGCCUGCUGCCCAGAAGCUCACCCGCCAGCAGAUGCGACUGCUCGUAAGUCGCAUGGCCUACCUCCAGAAAGAAGGUCAGGUUGACGAGUCAUUCGAUGAUUGGGUCUUUGGCCUAGAUCAGAGUGUUGACCGCGCUAUCGUACUGCGUGCUUGCACGCCAUGCGUUACACCUAACUGCGUGUUUUGGUACCAAAACCGGCUGAUGAACCCAUGGGAAAUGGCAGCCUUGCAGGGCGUGACUCUGUCAGAGAUGGCUGAGCUUCGAGAUCAGGAUGCAUCUUUGGUCCAGAGUUUGGCCGGCAAUGCCUUUUGCACCCACGUCAUUGCAACACUGUUCGUUGCUCUAUUGACGGAGUUAACUAAGUAG